CACACUAACGGAUUAGUACUGUACCUUGUGAGCUCUGCUUUUGGCACUCAAGUCCAGACCCCAACUACAACUAAACUCCCUAUAUAUCCCCUUAAAAAUCCAUCCUCAUUUCCUCACAACUGCAUUUUUCUUGGAUCUCAUCAUUCUCAUUUUCUUGUGCGGGUUUGAAGAUGGAUACGAAGAUCACUGGAAUUGUAGUUUUGGGCUUCCUUUCAAUUGUUUCUUCGGUGCAGGGGUAUAACAGAGGUUGGAUAAAUGCUCAUGCUACUUUCUAUGGAGGAGGUGAUGCCUCCGGGACUAUGGGCGGGGCUUGUGGAUAUGGAAAUUUGUAUGGCCAAGGAUAUGGGACGAACACAGCAGCACUAAGCACAGCUCUGUUUAACAAUGGAUUGAGCUGUGGAGCAUGCUUUCAGAUUGUCUGUGUUAACGAUCCAAAGUGGUGUCUCCGUGGUGCAAUCAUAGUCACCGCCACAAACUUCUGUCCUCCUGGUGGCUGGUGUGACCCUCCUAACCACCACUUUGAUCUCUCUCAGCCUGUAUUUCUCCGAAUUGCUCAAUACAGGGCAGGAAUCGUCCCUGUUGCUUACAGAAGGGUACCCUGCAGGAGAAGGGGAGGCAUUAGAUUUACAAUAAAUGGGCACUCUUACUUCAACCUUGUACUAGUGACUAAUGUCGAAGGAGCUGGAGACGUUCAUGCAGUAUACAUAAAGGGAUCAAGAACACGGUGGCAGCCAAUGUCAAGGAAUUGGGGCCAAAACUGGCAGAGCAACAACUACCUUAAUGGACAGACUCUAUCUUUUAAAGUUGUCACUAGUGAUGGCCGCAGUGUGGUGUCCUAUAACGUCGCCCCUUCCGGCUGGUCCUUUGGCCAGACUUAUACUGGUAGACAGUUCCGGUAGAAUCCAUCCAUGCAGCAUUUUAUAAACAUAUACAUAUGUUUUUAUGUGAGUGUUAAGUGUUUCAAAAUAAAAGUAGAUUUUGUUAAUUUGAGCGGAGAUGGUUAUUAUUUCCAUUCCAAGGGGAAUAUUUUAAAAAGGCCCGUAUUAUCCAAGUGUACAAUCUGUGUGGGAAAAGGCGAGUCAUACCCUGCACAAGGCUUCCGUAUCAGUACAGUGAAGGUCCAGGUCCGCACUGUUUUUGGAGGAAGGUGAGCGUUGUCUUAAUUAAAUUAAAUAUGAAAAGGGAGUUUUAGUUUCAAGACUAAGACCCUACCAUUAGUUAGUGGAUAUGAACUAGUGACAAUGUAAUGAUGAUAUUAAGAAAAUGUCAUCAGAGAGAGAUAGCUAGGCAAUUCUUGUAUAAGUUCAGUGUUAUAUGAUGAGAAUGUGUAUGUACUGUAUACAGUUUAUUAUGUACUGGUUUUGUU